AUGCUCAUCCUUUGGGGCUUUCCUCUUCUAGCGCUUCCUUCGGGCAAGCAGAUCCUGACGGAGGACGGCGCCGAAUGGAUCCAUGGAGGCCUAGGAAACUUUCUUUACUAUAUCGCGCAGGAUCUGAAUAAAUUCACUGAGCCUCUAGACGAUUCUGCCUAUCUCUGGAUGGCCAGGACGCAGUCAGGAGAGGAUGCUGACCCUUCGGGCUUCGACGUGGCCGAGGGACUGAUGCAGGAAUGCGAGAAAGACAACGUGCAAGCCCAGUUCUAUGGCUCUGGCUACGGAAAGUGCUACGCGGACAAGUUUUCGGCCAAAUACGACAGUUCUCCGGCGUAUCAGCCGGAGAAAGACGCCUGGCGUUUCUACCUUAACAAGUGGGUGCUGAAGGACACGGGCCUCGUCGACUGGGAGGAUCAGUCUAUGGAGGACGCGGAUCACUUCACUGACUGGGGUUAUGAUAUGUGGAAUCAGUGGGCGGUCGGCUACGACGCUAUUGAUGGCCUCCCUGAAUCGACCAUGUCCCUGUCGUCGCCCGUGUGCAGGAUCUUCUGGGACAUCGUCGACGGGAACUCCGAGAACAAGGUCCUGGUGGUGACGCAGGCCGGCGCCUCUUACCUGGCCGACCACGUCAUCCUCACGCCCUCCAUCGGGCACCUCAAGGAGCGCCAUGCCAGCCUCUUCACGCCCGCACUACCUGACUCCUAUCAGGCGGCCAUGGCGGCGACGGAACUCGGUCUGUGCAACAAGGUGCAGAUGGGCUGGGAAUCUGCGUGGUGGAGAGACCAGCAAAACUUGAACCUCAACCUUCAAGUCAUUUUCACCCAAGAUAUUCCUGAAGAGAUGGUAAGGCAGUAUCUUUAUUCGAGAAGAAGCAUAACGAUGGAAAGCAUCCCUGAAGCUACUUUAAAGAAGCACCUGCAGUGGCAUCUGGCCAACGCCCCCGGAAUGAAUUUUUCCAAACCCCCAAAUCUUCUUCAGGAGACGGGUGGAUCCCUGACGAACGUACGCCCUUACUCAGCCUCCCGAAAUAUCCGGAAAACCAAUGCUGCUUGGGCUGGAGAGCACACGCACAGCACGCGAUACGGAAGGGUUUUGAUGGAGCCAUAUUACGGCGAGCGAGAAGCCCGACGGGAAUCCUCAAUUACGGGGAUCAACAAAUGUACACCGCAUACUGAGGCUUUCCUAGUGGUCCAAGCUGAGUUCUGGACUGUGCUGGACAAGACGGACACGAAACCCUUUUUUCCUUCGGUUUUGUAUCCCUAA